UUUUCCCCCUCUCCUUUCUAAACCGACUCUCCCACCACGCGCAGACCAGCCACUGUUACAUAUAUAGGGUGUGCCCAUUUAAACGUCCGCAGUCGAGACCGAGAGCGGACUCUUAAGUGAGUGGGUACUCUUUUGUGAAUAGACAUCGAAACAAAAAAGAGAGACAGAUAGAGAAAGAUAGAGAGAAAAUAAGCGUCAAUUGUGUUGUAUACUCAUUCACAACGAUUAUUCGAUAUCGUUUGGUUAUAUUUUUUUUCACGAUGGCCGAUUCCAGUUCUGCUACCAGCAGACAAUUAAACAUUGCCGUUCGUUUGGACAUUUUGAACAAAUUAGAGGCUGGUGAGAACAUAAAGGACCUUGCGCGCGAGUACAACGUCACGGACCGAACGGUAAGACGAAUUCGACAAAAUGCUUCGUCGAUACGACAAUUUGCGGGGGAAGAGUGUAAACUGCAGAGGAAAAGAAUACGUUCGUCCACGUCCGCCGAUUUGGACAAAGAGCUGUAUUCGUGGGUCUUGCAACGUCGUUCGACAGGAGGCCGAAUAACAGACAGUAUUUUGAUAGAAAAGGCGAAAGCGAUGCAAGAGGAAAGUGGCGGCCCGUCCAACUUCAUACCAUGCAGAGGCUGGCUUUGGCGGUUUAAAAAAAACUACAACCUAAGCCAUGCGAAUGUCGUCGGCGAGAGCGAGAGAGGCGAUACGGACGAGUCUUCUGCUAGACGGUUUAUACAACAGCUUCCGCGAAUACAGGAAGAACUUGAAAUCGGCGAUGACAAUCUGUACAACAUGGACGAGACGAGUUUAUUUUGGAGGAUGCUGCCCAAUCAGGUACUGGCGGGUGCAAAUGAAAACGGAGUUAAAAGAGAGUCGGUGGAGAAGAUUAAACAUGAUAAAGUUACACUGGCGUUAUGUUCAAACGCAACCGGAAGCCACAGGCUACCCUUACUUGUGAUCAACAAACAUGAGAAACCUAGAGCGCUGAAGCACUGUAUAAAUCAUUUACCCGUGAUAUACACUUACAACGAGAAUGCCUGGAUGAGUACCGAAAUUUUUCAAUUCUGGUACCACAACGAGUUUAAACCCUACGUUAGGAGGCGGCAAUUGGAAGAAAAUAAUAACGGUAAGGUUUUACUGAUAGUAGACAACUUUAGUAGCCAUAAUUUACCAGAGGAGGAUAUGGACGACGGUCAUUUCAAACUCAUGUUUUUACCGCCCAAUACCAGUCCCCUGAUCCAACCAAUGGAGCAGGGUGUAAUUACAAAAUUUAAAAAACGAUUCCGGCAUAGAUUGUUACAACGCUUCUUUCAAUAUGAAAACGGACCGUCAGAAUUCUAUGCCGAUUAUGACAUAAAGGAUUGUAUAGACUUAAUAAAUGAAACGUGGAACUCUAUGCUUUCUUUGAACAUAUUCGAUUCCUGGGGUAAAAUCCUUAAUCGAGAAACGAGAUGGGUUGGAAGAAACUUGACACAUUCCUCGUCGGAAACUGCUCGCCACGGUGCAGCGUAUGAAACAAUUUCUGACGAACAAGUGACAGAAUGGAUCAAUCAGUGCGAAGAAGCAGAAAGGAUUAAAGAAGAUGCUGUCGAAGAGGCAGAAGAAUCUUCUCAUUUGCGGCCCCCUAGCCCAAUAGAAGCAGAAGAAAUUGACAGAUUGUUGUAUUAUCUAAAAAAGAUUCCUGUGACAGAACCAGAAAUUGCAAAUUAUGCAGAGUCUAUAAUAGAUUAUUACAACUCGAAAUAAUUUUUGUUUAUAUUU